GGGGGGCCCGCCUGCGCGGUCCAGGACGGUAGCCGCCGGCCGGACACACGUACCGGGCCGGAGGGAGAAGUGCUGCGGACACCGGCGCGCUGUGCUGCCAGGACUGAGCAGAAGCAGCAACAGCCCGCUGAUGAGCGUGAAGAUUACACCCCGAAAUGAAAAAUUUUAAGAAUCACCUGUCACAGCUCGUGCUCAUUUUCCGUUGGACGGCGCUGCCCCCCAGAGAGCGGCUUGUCAGAUUCCAAUUGCCUCUUCUUGCUUCAUUCAUUAGCUGGGUUAAUCUCAAAAACGCUGCCGGAGAUGUUAUUGCCUUUAUCCUAGGGAUGAGAACACAAGACCUUGAUAGACUAAAAACGGAAAAAAAAAUGGAGGCAGAUGUAAUUGCAGAUCUUCGAUGCAAACUCAAAGAGGUUGAAGAGGAUCGAAUAAAAGCUGCACAGUAUGGUUUACAACUGGUAGAGAGCCAGAAUGAGUUGCAGAUUCAGUUGGAUGAAUGUCGUAAUGAAAUGAUGACCAUGACUGAGAAUUAUGAACAAGAAAAAUAUACUCUUCAGAGAGAAGUUGAACUUAAGAGUCGAAUGUUGGAAAGUUUGAGCUCUGAAUGUGAAGCUAUUAAACAACAGCAAAAAACACACUUGGAGCAAUUAAAAGAGCAGCUCAGCAGAAGCCAUGGACAAGAAGUAAAUGAACUAAAAAAUAAGUUAGAAAAACUGAAAGCAGAAUUAGAUGAAGCUAGGCUCAGUGAAAAGCAGCUGAAGCACAAAGUAGACCAUCAGAAGGAACUCCUUUCAUGUAAAUCAGAGGAAAUGCGAAUAAUGUCUGAGCGUGUACAUGAAAGCAUGUCUUCAGAGAUGCUGGCUCUUCAAAUUGAGCUGACUGAAAUGGAAAGUAUGAAGACUACCCUCAAAGAAGAAGUGAAUGAACUACAGUACAGACAAGAACAACUAGAACUUCUUAGUACUAAUCUAAUGCGCCAGGUAGACCGGCUUAAAGAAGAAAAAGAGGAGCGAGAGAAAGAAGCAGUUUCUUACUAUAAUGCCUUAGAGAAAGCUCGUGUAGCAAAUCAAGAUCUUCAGGUGCAAUUAGACCAGGCACUCCAGCAAGCCUUGGACCCCAGUAGUAAAGGCAACUCUUUGUUUGCAGAGGUGGAAGAUCGAAGGGCAGCAAUGGAACGUCAGUUUAUCAGUAUGAAAGUCAAGUAUCAGUCACUAAAGAAGCAAAAUGCAUUUAACAGAGAACAGAUGCAAAGAAUGAAGUUACAAAUUGCCACAUUGCUACAAAUGAAAGGGUCUCAAACUGAAUUUGAGCAGCAGGAACGGUUGCUUGCCAUGCUGGAGCAGAAGAACGGUGAAAUUAAACACCUUUUAGGUGAAAUUAGAAAUCUGGAGAAAUUUAAGAGUUUAUAUGAAAGUACAGAAUCUAAGCUUUCUGCCAACUCUGGCACUCUGGAAGAUAACACCUAUUACACAGAUUUACUUCAGAUAAAGCUUGACAACUUAAACAAAGAAAAUGAAAACACUAAAGGUGAAUUGUCCAUACAACGAAUGAAAGCAUUAUUUGAGAGCCAGCGGGCUUUGGAUAUUGAGAGAAAACUUUUUGCAAACGAAAGAUGUCUCCAGCUCUCCCAAAGUGAAAAUAUGAAACUGAGAGCUAAACUAGAUGAGCUAAAACUGAAGUAUGAACCUGAAGAGAAAAGUGAAGUGCCUGUACCCAAGAAGAGGCGUGAGGUCCUGCCUAUGGAUGUAACUACCCCUAACAAUGUAUGUGCCAAAAAUGCUGUUGGGGAAGAUUAUAGAUUACCCCCUCAGCAAGUGGAGGCCCAGUGCUAUCCCAGCAGUUCAGAAGAUAACAACUUGCAGUUAGAAAAGACAGUUUCUAUAAAUACACUAGGAAUCAGUCUUUCUCCUCACAAAAGCCUGCCCAUGGACAUUCAGCCAAUGAAGGAAAAGAAAUGUGUGAAAUUUCUAGGAGUUUCAGCUGACUCUGAAGCCUUAAGUGAAAGAAGUGGAAACACCCCAAAUUCUCCCAGGUCAGUGUCCUCUUUUCUUCAGGGCAACCAGCAGACCUCUCCAUCUCUUCUCUAUCGCUGCAUGAACUGUGCUAUCUGUUUCUUUAUCUAUUUUCUUAAUAUUGCAUGUAGUAUAAUUCCCCAGUUUCAUCUACCUUCUUUCAAUUUUUCUAAAACUUUACGAAAAACUAAAACAAUUGCAAAGGGAAAGGACUCCUGAAUAAGGGAAUUAUUUUCAAAAGUUACAUUUUGUUCUCUCAUAAAACAGAAAUAUCACAGCUUAGUACAUCUCUGAAUGUUUUGUUGGUUUGAAUAAAUUGUACAGUUGGUUAUUUUUUCCCUAGUUCAAGAGUGGCCAUGAAAGAAAAAUUAUCUCCUUAAAUGGCUUUCCAAUAGUCUAAGAAAUUUCAGCCUUCUAGAAGAUUGUUAGGUGAAAUUUUUAUGGCUUUUGAAAAUGUCUGUCAUAAGUCUUUAAGAUUGAGCUUUGAUUUUGACAUUUUUAAAUAUCAAAAGUAAUUCAUUUUCAUUUUAUAUCAAAACUUCAGAACCUCCAGUUUCUACAUAUUUGAGUUUGUGACUAAAAGAAGAAAUGUCAGACAUGUAUGUUUAUAGGAAUUAACAUUUUAAGGGCCUUAUCUUUUAAAAAAAUAAUAGAGAUAGGAAGAUAAGAGAAAGUGAGUGAAAGAGAAAGGGAAGUAACAGUGGCUAAGGCUGGGGGGAAUAAAACACAAGCUCAGGGUGUGUACAGCAGGACCAAGAGUAGGGCAAAGAGAAAGGAAUGAGGAAAAUGGAGAAGGUGAUAAAAAGAUAAUGAAGAAUGUCUGUAUGCAAUGGAACAAUAGAUGCAUUUAAAAUAAAUAUCUUUAGACAUUUAAAAAAUUAAGCAUAGUGAAAAGAGCUUGGAUUUGAAAGGAGAUCUUUAAGGUGCUACUAGGGCUACGUGAGUUGUAGACGGGAGGGUACAGAAUAAGGCAUUUUACUAGUGUGCAUUUGAGUUAGUACAGUCAGACGUAGCCCACCUUUGUAAAGGGCUGUUUUGUAUGUUUUAUCUGAUUUUUAUUUUUAAAGUCUUCAGUGCUACUAAAGUUGGUGCUCUACAGUGAAAGCACCUCAACAGUGUGAGCUGCUGUUAAUUUUAAGAGAAGUACAGUUGACCCUUGAACAAGACAAGUUUGAACUAUGCAGAUCCACUUACAUGUGGAUUUUUUGGUAAAUGCAAUACAUUGUUGCAAAUGUAUUUUCCUUAAGAUUUUUUCUUAUAACAUUUUUUUCUCUAACAUUAUUAUAAGAAUACAGUAUAUAAUAUAUACAAAAUAUGUGCUGAUUGUUUAUGUUAUGGAUAAGGCUUCCAGUCAAGAGUAGGCUAUUAAUACUUAAGUUUGGGAGGAGUAUACAAGGAUUUUUGACUGUAAGGGUCAGUACCCUUGACCCCUGCAUUGUUCAAAGGUCAACUGUAAUUUAUUACUCCAUUCCUUAAAUUUUUAUAUUAACAUGAUAGGUCUCAUAAAAUAAAAGUUUAUUAUUCUCAAGGAAAAAGUAAAUUCAAAUGAAUUAUGUCACACACAUACACAUUGCACAUACAGAGUUCCGAGUACUUCUGAAAUGAAUUCAGUAGAUUAUGCUUGUAUAUAUGUGAUUCAUUGUGUAAGUGUGCUUGACCAUUGUAUAUUUCUGGAGGUGAAGUUCCAGAAUUGAUCAGUGCAGACCUUGCUAUCUGUGUUGUCUUCAUUUCUUUUUCUGUCUUUUUUUGUUUGAUAAAAGUUACUUAAGAAAAUGUAUUUAGCUAUUUGUUUGACUCAAAUUAAGUAGCGUGUUGGAAUUUUGUCUGGCAAAUUAAACAAAAACAAAUAAAAUACCACAAAACAUU